GCUGGGAGCUUUCAGUCACUCAUCCACCGUCAUGGCGUCCCGUGUCCUGCUGCAGUGUGUCCGCUCGCUCGGCCGGCCCUCGCUGAGGCUUUCCUCCGCAAACCUCGCAGUCAGAGCCGCCGCUGCCCCGGCGGCAGCCCACCGACCCCUCUCCUUCGCCGCGGACAGCCGGAGGCCGCGAUGGCUCGGACGGAGCCCGAUCCCCUCAGUAGGCGUGCUGUGCCGACAGUACGGGGACCUGCCCCCCCUCACUCUAGAGACCAUCAAAGACCGCGUCAUGUACGUCCUCAAGCUCUACGACAAGAUCAACCCUGAGAAGGUGAAGCUGCAGACUUCCUCCCACUUCAUGAAAGACCUCGGUCUGGACAGCUUGGACCAGGUGGAGAUCAUCAUGGCCAUGGAGGAUGAGUUCGGCUUUGAGAUCCCCGACGCAGAAGCGGAGAAGUUGAUGAGUCCCGCGGAGAUUGUACAGUAUAUCGCAGACAAGAAGGACGUCUAUGAAUAAUCUGUCCUGUAGCUCACCGCAGAGAGAGGUUGAGCCACGACAUGACCCCCCCCCCCCCCCCGCAGGAAGUAGCAGAUGGGCACCAAUCCAUUUCCCCACUUCCUCCCCGUCAGCUCUUCUGUCCAUAACAGCACUGUCGUUGGCUGCCGGUCUUGUUGUUUGACUGUAUUUAAAUGAACAUGUGCUUUUUGGAGCUUGGAGACAAAAA